AUUUCUACUUGUCAUUGUACUAUAGCCAAGAAUCUAUCCCAUCUUCAGGGGAACUCCAAGAAAUAUCAAGUACUGAAGUCAAUUAUUGGGUUAAAUGAAGAUAUAUGUCAAUAUCAUGAAUAAUUUGAAGGCUUUAUUUGGCCUUACUCUGUUCUCUCUUGCUACUGGGUCAAUAAUCACAAACAAGAUCGCGGCAGAAAUAACAGGUAGCUCUGGAUCAAUAAACAAGACUGGGGUAGUAAUAUCAAGCAAUACUGGCUCAAUAAUCCCCAACAAGACUGGGUCAAUAGUAACAAGCGAGGUUGCGGGAGGUCCCACAUGGGGUUAUGGAGUAUCUGGAACAGGAGUGUAUGGACCCGAUGACUGGGGGAAGAUGUAUGAAAAGUGCAAAGGCAGUAACCAAUCACCGAUUGUCAUCUUUCCUCAAGCCACACCCUAUAAAAUAGCUUCCAAACCAAUGGCCAUGGAGUCUGAUAAUGCACUUGGAUUGGUAACUGGAGUCUUGACGAAUAAUGGACACACUGUUCAGUUCACAGUGAAUGCGAAGGGUGGCAUGGUGUUCUUGGCAGGAGGACCAGCAGAUUCUGCCAACUAUAUUCUGUCCACUAUCCAGUUUCAUGUUGGAUGUACGGAUGGAAGUGGAUCGGAACAUACACUUAACGCUAUUCCAGCAUCUGCAGAGAUGCAAAUGAUUUUCUAUAAUAAAAAGUACAAAAAUAUUAAUAAUGCUGUUAUUAAACCUGAUGGAGUUACAAUCAUAGCAGUCUUGUUCGACUAUUACGGAGGUUACACAUUAUAUGAAAACCCCACUCUUGAACGACUUGUUAGCUUUCUGCCAAACAUCACAAAACCAGGUUCGUCCGUGACUUUGGAUUAUGAUGAGAGGAUCGAGCUGACCAAGCUUGUCCCAGACCUCACUCAGGAUUACCCUUAUUAUUACACGUACAGAGGGUCCCUAACCACGCCACCAUGUUACGAGUCAGUGACCUGGAUAUUACUGAAAACACACCUGUCUAUAUCUAUACAACAGCUUGGACAGUUCCGACAACUCCAAGGCAAUGAUGGUAGCCAGUUGUGUGAUAACUUCAGACCGACCCAACCAAGCAACAACAGAGAAGUCACUAAAAACUUUCUUAACUGAAUUAAAUAUAUAAUAAAACCGCAAUAUACUAUUUUUAGAUUGGUCAUAAUAUUUUCGAACUCAAGGUCAACCAAUCAGAAUCGAGAAUCCGACAUUAUAUUUCGAUUAGCAUUUCCGUUGAUUCUGCCAAGAGAACCCAAAAAAUAUGAAUUCAUUUCUUUAAAUUGAUCGUAAUUGCUGCUAGUCGAACUCAUGGCGGAAUUCUUCAAUCGACAAGAGAUCUUUACUCGGAAAAUACAAAACUAAAAUAGUUCAYCCAUAAUUCCUUUCGGUGAACGCGGUCAACUCAGGUGGAAUAAGAUGCCUUGUCUGAGUCAUAUCCAUAUUUGUUUCUUCUCGUGUAAAACUGUUUAACAAAGAAAUGAGAAUUAUACGAGUUUAAAAUGGGAAAACCCAAGGUAAAAAAUUAUUUUAAAACUGAAGACCAAUAUGCUGCCGGAAUAACCCAUUUGCUUGUUAUUUAGCGUUAUAAAUAGUCGUAUAUAGCCUAGCAUAAUCCAGACAGACAUAUUCAAACUAUUUAUCGCUAAAAAAUGUCUGUUUGAAGAUUCAAUCUUUUUAUCGUGAAAAUUUCUAUUAUAUUU